CGUCGAGUAGACCGCAUCCCAAGUAACGUACCUUCGUCCUCUCUACCUUCUCUUCCUCUACCUACGUGGUAUCGCGCGUCGAACGCGUAACCGUCGCCGCCACCGCCGGAUUCGCCGCCUUUAACCAACCAAAAACCAACGAUAUAUCGAUAUAUAACCACAUAGUGUGUGUGCAGAGGGGUUAGACGCGAACGCGUGUUACACGACCAGAUCGGCGUUGCUUAGUUUCACGUUUUGGUUUUUAGUUUCCGUUUCGUUUCGUUUCCGUUCGCGUUUACUGGUUUGAACCCGUCGGUUUUUUUCGCAUCCAGAGGUGAAAAAUCUACGAAGUGUGUUCCAAGUUUCUACAUCUAUUCUUCUAUUUUUCAUCGAACUUCGAGAAGCGCGCGCGCGCGCAUACAACACGGACACACAAGGAAGCCGGACUCGAGACGCACACGGACGUAGAGAGUUAGAUACGUACGCUCGCACACACGGAGAUACGUGAAAUACAUUAUCGUGAGAGAGAGAGAGAGAGAGAGAGAGUGUGAGAGCGAGAGAGAAAGAGAGGCAAAGAGAGAGGGAGAGGCAGAGAUACACAGGAGGGAUACGUACAUACGUUUGGCAGGCGCGCGCGCGGUACUCGCUCGACGUACGAAUGAGUGCGUGAGCGAGCGAGUGUGUGUGCGUGCGUGCGUGCGUGUCCGCGUUGCCUUUGCCUUGCUGCGUGGCGUACACGACGAGGACGACAACGACGACGAAGACGACGACAACGACGACGACGACGACGACGACGACGACGAGGAGGAGAGAGAGUGUGUGCGUGUGAGCCGUGUAUCUCUCGUGUGUGUGCAAUUCCCCAAACGCCGGAGAUAAAGUGACAGACGGACGUGUGUGACAUGUCGGAACACCACCGCGUCGGCGGUGGAUGGGGCACGGCGUCCCCGGGUACGCGAGAGGAUGGAUCCGGUGGAGCGGUAUGGUGGCCAGGCGGUCUUAACGCCGUAUCGGCCGAACAACAGCAGCAAACCAUGCAGCAACACCAUCAGCACUUGAUCAACCAGCAGCAGCAACAGCAGCAGCAGCAACAGCAGCAGCAGCAGCAGCAGCAGCAACAGCAGCAACAACAGCAGCAACAACAGUUAUCCCAGCAUCAUCAGGACAUCGUUAGAAGUACGGCGGCGGUUGCCGCCACUCAGCAACUUUUCUCCUACAAGAUGGCCUCCAGCUUCCAAAAUCCGGCAACUACCGGCACUCAGUCGACCGUUUCGACGUCGGCGCCUGUCGGAUCCUGCAUGCGGGGGGGUUACGAUUACAGGCUUGGGGGUGCUGGUGGAGGUGCCGGCGGACCCGGGGCACCCCCCAGUGUUCAGUGGUGGUAUCCCGGCAGCGUUAUGGAGGCAUCGCAAAAUAAUCUUCAUCAACAACAGCUUCAACAGCAGCAGCAACAGCAACACCUAUCGCCUAUUACUACGCAAGCUUCCACGCCCCCCAUUAUGUCCCCGCAUCAGAUACAGCAGCUACCACAACAGCAAAAUAAUCUGCAAAAUCACGCGCAGGGCUUACAGCGAGGAAAAAUGCCGAGAGGAAAGGCAGCCGAUGCUAAGCCGAGGGGGCGAAUGACUGCGUACGCGUUCUUCGUACAGACUUGUCGCCAGGAGCACAAGAAGAAACAUCCCGAAGAGAACAUCGUAUUCCAGGAGUUUUCCAAAAAGUGUGCUCUCAGGUGGAAGACUAUGUCGGAUAAGGAGAAGAAACGCUUCCACGAAAUGGCUGAGAAAGAUAAGAAGAGGUAUGAUGCUGAGAUGCAGAAUUACACUCCACCCAAGGGUGAGAAUAAAACAGGCAGAGGCAAGAAACGCAAGCACAUCAAAGAUCCAAAUGCACCCAAGAGAUCAUUGUCGGCCUUUUUCUGGUUCUGCAAUGACGAGCGUGGUAAGGUCAAGUCAUUGAAUCCGGAAUAUGGAGUCGGAGAUAUUGCCAAGGAGCUAGGAAAGAAGUGGUCUGAUGCAGAGCCUGAAACGAAAUCCAAGUACGAAGCCAUGGCAGAGAAGGAUAAGGCUCGAUAUGAAAGGGAAAUGACUGCGUACAAAAAGAAACUGAAGACCGGGGGACCUGGCGUUGGAGCCCCGGCAAUCGCUGUGAAACACGACAGCGAGGAGGAUGCGGAGGAGGAAGAUGGUGAAGAGGAUGACGAAUAACGGACACAGUUGAAACUCUGGUCUAUCACCCCGUGUCCUUGAUAUAUCCCCAAGCAUACCUCACCUACUGUACAUACCAUUGACCUUAGCGUGAGCGUACUUACACCACUAGGAGAACAAAUAACUAACCACCAUCCCCCUCCCCUGAUUAUUUACAAUAAUAAUAAUUAAAAAUACCGCGAUUAUGAUAAUUAUUUUAAAAAUUGUAUGUAUGAGUGAUGCGAGCGGAGAUUGUAUGAGUGACAUUUGUAUUUUAACAUAUUGAUAGUACAUAAAACAUGUAAAGUGGUAUAGGAUAGAGGAACGAAAAGAUUACCUUAUUACCUUUACCCAUAGCCCGUUCGAUUGGAGGGUACAGGGACUUGAGAGAACCACCGCCAAUCUACUGCUCUACUCGCAACAUUAAUAAGUGAAAUCUUAUUAUUUUCUUUUUACUAAAGUUGUAACAAAUAACAAUAAUUCUGAAGAAUUUGUAAUUAA